AAACCCAAAUACAACUUUUGGAACGGAUUUAUGAACAUUAUUGCAAAAAAAAACAUAGGAAACGAUUUAUUGUUUGUUUUCUUGACUUGACGAUUAAAUAAACUUGUAAUCUAUUAGCAUUUUAUAAGAUACAAUGAGCAUCAGUAUGUCUACUAUGGACGAAAUAGAAGAAGAAGCAAAAGCAGCAGCAGAAAAAAUGGUUAUAAAUAUGAUGCAGAGGCCAGGCCAAUUAGAAAAGGUUGAGCAGUACAAAAAAAGGAUUACUCACAAGAAGGCCUCUAUUGAGGCUCAGCUGAAGUCUGCAGUGCAGGGCAAGCUGGAUGGGGUCAGUGUGGGGUUGAAACAGCUUCAGGAGUGCCUUGAUGAUGUGCAGCAAAUCGGUCUCAAAAUGGAUGAAUUAGAGGAGCUUCUAAAAGGCGUGCCUCAACUAGUCGGCUCACUACAAGCUGUAAGAGAAGAGGACUCGCGGCACUCGCAGUAUGUGACAGCCAUGGACAGCCUGAAGCACAUAUUCACGGUGCCUGAUAGUGUCGCUAAGACCAUGCAGUGGAUCGGGGAGGGGAAGUUGCUGCAUGCUCAUCAGUGCCUCAACGAUCUAGAGAACUCACGCGACGACCUCCUCUACGAGCUACACCGGCUACCCAACCAGUCCUCACACGACAAGAUAAUGCUCAAGGCUUACUUCGAGGAUGUGGAGAUGGUCUCCAACUCGCUGGAGAAGCAGAUCAAGCUGAUACUGGCCCGGACCUUGAAUACUGUGCGCAAGGAGCCCACGGUUAUAGUCACUGCGCUCAGGAUUAUUGAGAGGGAGGAGAAAAGAGACCAGAUGGCGCUCGAGCAACAAAGCCAAACGGGCUUCAUGCCGCCCGGCCGCCCUAAGAACUGGCGCACCGUCGCCUUCGAGGAGCUCGAGCGCGCCGUCGCGCAGCGCACCGAGGGCACGCGCGUCGACGAGCGCGAGGACAACAAGCUGUGGCUUGUCAAAUACUUGGAACUGACUAGGCAGUUGAUUCUCGAGGAUUUGAGGGUGGUCAAGACACUCUGUGUGCCGUGUUUCCCUCCGCACUAUGACAUCGUUAACAAAUACGUCAACAUGUACCACACCUGCCUCUCUUCAAGCCUCCAAGGCGUAGUCGACAGCGGUCUAGAAGGCAACGAAUACGUGACGCUACUGUCCUGGGUGUUGAACACGUACCCGGGCACCGAGCUGAUGGGCAGCCCGGAGCUCAACAUCGACGUGUCCACGUUGCCGCCGCUGCUCAGCGAGGAGAGCCUGCGCGACUUGUGCGACGAGUAUCUGCAGAAAAUGGAGAGCAACUACAUGGAAUGGAUGGAGAAGACCCUAGAGUCGGAAAGAGCCGAAUGGAACGGAGACCGCGCGCCCGAAGUAGAGCCACAUUCCAACGCGUAUCAUACACACGCUCCGGUCAUCAUAUUUCAAAUGAUCGAUCAGAACCUGCAGGUUACUCAAACGAUAAGCAAGGAAAUCACCUUCAAAGCAUUGAUGCUCAGUAUCGAGCAAGUGACGCGCUAUGGCAACAUGUACAGAGAAGGCGUACUUCAGUUCAAGAAUAGCCACUUCUCCGACCGCUCCCGCUGCGCUUACUUCACCCACCACAUGAUCACAAUAGUCAACAACAGCGAGCAAAUGGUCCGCCUCGCCCAACAAACACAAGCCAGGCACUGGCCCCCGGGCCGGCACGACGCACCUGCCGAGCGCAAGUUCGACACCCUGCUUGACACAUUCCAGAAACUAAGAGACGAAGCCGCCCGGUUCCUCCUCGACGAGGCAUUUCUGGACCUCGAAGUCCACUUCGACGACCUGUUCACAUCAAAAUGGCUGCCGUCUUCCAUCCCGGUCGACACUAUUUGUGUCACUUUGGAAGACUAUUUCCAGGACUAUAACCAUUUGAGGGAGAAAAACUUUGAAUAUGUGAUAAAUGAAGCGCAGAAUUUGGUGUACAAGAAAUAUAUAACCGCCAUGUUGUCCAAGAAGGUGACUUUCAAAACUGUCGAAGAAGCGCAGCAAGCAGCAACGAAGAUCGUAAAGGAGGCCAACCAGAUACGGUCCUUCUUCCGUAGAAUAGGCGCCGAGGGCGUCAACGUGGACUGGCCUUUUGAGGUCAUCAGCUCAUUGGCUGAGGUCCUCCGCUGCCAAGACAUCGAGAUGCUCUCGCUGGACCUGCACGGCUUGCUGGACAAGUGCCCCAACAUGUCGGAGGAGCAGCUGGUCCGGCUGCUGGGGCUGCGCGGCGACGUGCCGCGCGCGCACGUGCGCGACACGGCGGCGCACGUGCUCGGCACGAGGGCCAAGCCGCGCGCCAGCACCAUGCACGACUUCUUUAAGGAUAUCACGUUUAGUGACAGGCUGUUGGAGCGAUUUACGUUAUCAAAAAAUAGUGCGGCUUAGACUACAUACGUAUAGUACAGUCAAGGGCAUAAAUAUUUCAUUCCCAAAGUCAAAAACAUUGUACGCUCUUACACCUUAGACAAUAAAGUCGUGUUGACAUAUUUUUGAGCCAUUUGUCUGGAUCGAUAUUUUUGCCUUCGACUGUACAUGGCAAAAUUCCGUGCCUAUAAUGAUAAAGUGCAUAAGAAUGAGCAUAUUUCCAAUGGAUUUGUAUGUAAUUUAAUGACUUUAUUACUUACGUAUAAUCCAUUUCAUUCAUCCGUUCCAUUUAAUCAUUGGCAACUUGCUUAAAAUACCAUCGUUAAGUUAUCGUUUUCUAUAUUCGUACUUUUUAGAUACGCUCCAAAAGUUAGACAUCUCUGGCAAUUUUUGUGUAAGUUUAAGGAUAUCACGUAUAUGUGAUCGAUCGAUGUUGGAACUGUUUACUUUCUAACACUGUGCGAUGUAAUAAAAAAGUACGCAUCCGACUAUACAUAUACAUAUGUGCCUAUAAGAACGCAAAAACAGACACACAAAAGAACAUAUUUCCGAAUGACUGGUAGUGGAAGGUCAACAGGACAGGACAGGUUAUAUUGAUGUAGGUCUAAAACGGUUCAGUUGAUUAUGUUCAAUGCAAAUUGAAUUGAAGAUAGAUAGAUAAACUGCUUUUUUUCUGGAUUGUUUUGUGUACCUAUGUCAUUUUUGUAUUUGAAUAUUUUGUGUGUAUUGUGGCAGACAAAUAAACAGU